CAAGAAAAUCUGUCCUAGCAAUGAAGACAUGCAUGGAGACAUUCUCAUUAACCUACCCCAAAAAAAAAAAAAAUUUCCAAAAUUGACAGCCUGAAAUCAUGGAGAUUCCUUGAAAGAGAGAGAGGGUCAAAGAUUAUAAUCCAUAAAUUGCAGAGACUGGUCCCGUAAUAUUUGAUAACUUUCUCUUGUAUGGUAUGCAGUAGAAUAUUUGAGAUACAGUGAUUGAAUAUAAAGAUUCUUAAGAUGUGAAUGUUAGUGUUAUUAUUUAUAUAUAGAGAAUUUAUGAGUGACCAAACCAAUCUUAUGUGUAAAACUCCUCGGAUCCCUAUUUAUCUAUAUCGUCACCACCUUUGAACAGCCACGUGCUUUCUUCUUACUUUCGCAGGUCUUUCUACUGAGUGGAUCUCUCUCUCUCUCUCUCUGUGUUCUUUCAAGUUUCUGAUAGGGUGAGAACUGUGUUGAACUAGGGUUUUUAAAAAAAAAAAAAAUUAUUCAAUGGGCAUCACUUUAAAUCUUGUCAAUGUGGGAUUUUUCCUGCUUUUGGUGAUAUGGGUUUUGGUAGAUAUUUUGAAACAAAGGAGACAAGGUGGUGAUGAACAGUACACAAGAAGAAAAUCCACAGUUUUUGCCAAGAUUACUAUUUUUUCCAAUGUCCUAAUCUCCAUUUUCUAUGUGGGUUUUUGUUCUUAUGAGUUUUGGAAUUCUAGAACCAUCUCUGUUGUAGUUGCUUUCUCAUCUUUGAAUUGGGUGUUAGCCAGUGUAAUUUCAGUCUACUCAGAGAACAAAAUUGUUUUUAGAGAAUACAAAAAGUGGCCCAUAGUUCUCAUUAUUUGGUGGGUCUUCUCCACCAUUAAUGAUUUGCUUCUGGUGUCUAUGUACCUCAUUACCCAUUUCACAUCCUUAAAAGUGCCAAUUUUGUUGCCUAAAGCCACCAUUGUUGAUUUUGCGUCCGUCCCAUUGUUGAUUCUUCUCUGUUUCAAUGCUCUGCCCAUUAAGGGUAGUGAAAAAAACAAUGACAUUCAACAUCCAUUGCUUCAAGAAGAGGAAGAAAAUAUCAGAAAAUGUGGCGACGAUGCCUUUUCCAAUGCCGGAUUUUGGAGCCAACUUACAUUUCUGUGGCUUAAUCCACUCUUUGAAAAAGGUCAAAAACAGAAACUUGAAUUCCCCCACAUACCUUCCAUUCCUCAAUCGGAAACAUCUUUUUUCGCGUCUUCUUUGUUAGAAGAAUCACUUAGAAAACAGCAGACCAAAACGAUUUCAUUGCCAAAAGCUUUACUCCAUGCUGUCUGGAGACCCCUGGCUAUAAAUGGUGGUUUAGCAGGACUUAAUACAAUUGCUUCCUACACGGGUCCAUUAUUGAUCACGAACUUUGUGAACUUUUUAUCGGCAAAGCAUGAGAAUUCAAGCAUCCACCAAGGUUUGAUUCUUGCAUUCAUCUUCUUCUUCUCGAAGACAGUGGAAUCACUGUCUCAGAGACAAUGGUACUUUGGCGCACAACGCAUUGGUAUCAGAGUUCGAGCAGCUCUCAUGGUAUUGAUAUACAACAAGUCUUUGUCAAUCAAGUAUGGUGGCAUGAAUAAUGGGAGAGUCAUCAAUUUAAUCACUGUGGAUGUCGAGAGGAUUGGGGAUUUUUUUUGGUACAUUCAUGGUGUUUGGUUGCUUCCGGUUCAGAUCACGUUGGCACUGAUCAUUCUGUAUAGAAAUCUUGGUGCUGCUCCAUCUUUUGCUGCUCUCUUAGCAACAGUUGUGGUGAUGGUUAGCAACACACCAUUGGCCAAUAUGCAAGAAAGGCUUCAUAGCAAGAUCAUGGAAGCUAAAGACUCGCGAAUAAAAGCAACUUCGGAGACUCUGAAGAGCAUGAGAGUCUUGAAAUUGCAUUCUUGGGAAUCCACUUUCUUGAAGAGGCUUCUUCAACUGAGGGAAAAUGAGAGAAAUUGGCUGAAGAGGUACCUUUAUACGUGCUCAGCCAUAGCAUUUCUCUUCUGGACUUCGCCUACUGUUGUUUCAGUUGUCACUUUUGGUGUUUGCAUUGCAUUGAAAACACCAUUGACAUCAGGAACAGUCCUUUCAGCUCUAGCUACUUUCCGAAUUUUACAAGAGCCCAUCUAUAAUCUCCCGGAGUUGAUCUCUAUGAUUGCUCAAACAAAGGUCUCAGUUGAUCGAAUACAAGACUUCAUUAGAGAAGAUCAAAAGAAGUCGAUACAGUUUCAUGCCUCGAAAGCAAGUGAUGUUGCAGUUGAAAUUGACACCGGGGAAUAUGCUUGGGAAACUUGUAGUUCAGCUUCAAAUAAACCUACCAUCAAAAUUACUGAGAAAAUGAAAAUCAUGAAGGGUUACAAGGUUGCAAUUUGUGGCUCGGUUGGGUCUGGAAAAUCAAGCCUACUCUAUAGCAUACUUGGUGAGAUUCCUCGAAUUUCAGGGGCAGGUAUUAAGGUUUAUGGAUCAAAAGCAUUUGUUCCACAGAAGGCUUGGAUUCAAACGGGCACAGUCAGAGAGAACGUGCUGUUUGGCAAUAAAAUGAACGAGGCCCUGUACGAGGAUGUUUUGGAAGGAUGUGCUUUGAACCAGGAUAUUGAGAUGUGGGUUGACGGAGAUUUGUGUGUGGUGGGAGAGAGAGGAAUGAACUUAAGUGGAGGACAAAAGCAGAGGAUACAAUUAGCAAGGGCAAUCUAUGGUGAUUCAGAUGUUUAUUUCCUUGAUGAUCCUUUCAGUGCUGUUGAUGCACAUACCGGGGCACACUUAUUCAAGACUUGUCUACUGCAUCUCUUGUCUGAGAAGACAGUACUUUAUGUAACACAUCAGCUGGAAUUCUUAGAGGCUGCAGAUCUUGUCCUGGUAAUGAAAGAUGGUAGGAUUGCUCAGUCAGGAAAAUAUGAAGAUUUGAUUGCAGAUCCUAAUGGUGACCUUGUUAGACAAAUGGCUGCUCAUGGUAAAUCUCUAAACCAAGUGAACCCUCCUCCUGAUCACAAAUCUUUAACGAACAAAACCCAUCAGAAAAAUCAAAUUGAAGUCACAGAAGAGAAAUUUCAAGAACACACUAGAAAUAUCAAUCUUUUGGAGAGAACACACGAAGAAGAAACAGAAACUGGUCGAGUGAAAUGGCAUGUCUACUCAACAUUUAUCACUUCUGCAUAUAAAGGAGCUCUCGUUCCAGUUAUCCUUCUCUGCCAGGUUCUCUUCCAGAUAUUACAGAUGGCAAGCAAUUACUGGAUUGCUUGGGCAACUGAUGAAAAAAGCAUGGUAAGCCGAGAGAAGAUGCUUGGGAUAUAUGCUUUAAUGUCUGGUGGAAGCUCCAUUUUCAUAUUGGGGAGAGCGGUUUUUCUGUCAACCAUUGCCAUUGAGACUUCUCAGCGCCUUUUCCUUCGAAUGAUCACAUCCAUUUUCAGGGCACCGCUAUUGUUCUUUGACACCACACCUUCAAGCCGAAUUCUCAACCGGUCUUCGACGGAUCAAAGCAUCGUGGACACUGACAUUCCUUACAGAUUGGCUGGAUUAGCAUUUGCGCUUAUUCAGUUGUUAAGUAUAAUCAUCCUUAUUUCCCAGAUUGCGUGGCCGGUCUUUUUUCUCUUUCUUGCUAUCUUGGCUAUCUCAGUGUGGUACCAGUGUUACUACAUCACAACUGCCAGAGAAUUAGCAAGGAUGGUUGGGAUUCGGAAAGCUCCAAUCCUCCACCACUUUUCAGAAUCUCUGACCGGAGCUGCAACGAUUCGUUGCUUCAAUCAGGAAGAUCGUUUUCUCAGGAAAAAUUUAGGACUGGUUGAUGAUUACUCUUGCGUUGCCUUCCACAAUUCUGCCACAAUGGAGUGGCUCUGUGUCCGGAUCAACUUUCUCUUCAACGUUGUCUUCUUCCUUGUUCUUGUCAUCUUGGUGAACCUGCCAAGGUCAGCCAUAGAACCCAGCUUAGCAGGGCUGGUGGCUACUUAUGGUUUAAAUCUAAAUGUUCUUCAAGCUUGGGUUAUAUGGAACCUAUGCAACGUCGAAAACAAAAUGAUAUCAGUGGAGCGAAUUCUUCAAUUCACCAAUAUACCGAGUGAAGCUCCACUGGUGAUUGAAAAUUGUAGACCAGAACAAGAAUGGCCAAUCAAUGGAAGAAUCGAUCUGGAAAACCUUCAUGUCCAAUAUAGCCCAGCUCUCCCGAGAGUUCUCAAAGGAAUCAAUUGCACCUUCCCCGGAAAUAAGAAAAUCGGUGUUGUUGGAAGAACGGGUAGUGGAAAGUCUACUUUAAUUCAAGCUCUAUUCAGAGUUGUGGAGCCAUCAGAAGGACAGAUUUUGAUUGAUGGAGUAGAUAUUACAAAGAUCGGAUUGCAGGAUCUGAGGUCUAGGUUGAGUAUAAUCCCACAAGACCCAACACUGUUUCAAGGAACCAUGAGAAGUAAUCUUGAUCCUCUACAACAGCAUUCAGAUCAAGAACUUUGGGAGGUUCUGGACAAAUGUCAUCUUGCAGAUAUUGUAAGACACGAUCAAAGGCUUCUUGAUAUGCCAGUUGCAGAAGAUGGAGAAAAUUGGAGCAUGGGACAAAGGCAGCUUGUGUGUCUUGCUCGGGUGCUGCUACAGAGGAGGAAAAUAUUGGUCUUGGAUGAGGCCACGGCAUCAGUAGACACAGCAACAGACAAUGUGAUUCAAUGGAGAAUCAGGGAAGAAACAAGCCGGUGCACGGUCAUAACAGUGGCCCAUCGGAUACCCACCAUCAUCGACAAUGACCUUGUUCUGGUUCUCGAUGAAGGCAAGGUUGUUGAGUAUGAUUCGCCAACUGAGUUGCUCAAAACCAGUUCUUCUGCUUUCUCAAAGCUGGUAAUGGAAUUCAAGAGGAGGUCUUCUAGCAGUAACAACCAUUGGGGUCUGCCUUGAGAACCGUGGCAGAGACUACCCAUGAAGCUCAAUCAAGUUUCAUUAUGUAAAAGUCAGACACAAAAAAGGGUUCCAACCAGUUCAUCCCAGUGUGAGAUUGUACAUGGCAUGAGUUGGUGUAAAGAAUGGAAGCAGAACAAAGAGAUCUGAGAACCCGAGAAAUUCAUGAUUGAAGAAGAAACUAGAAGAAUGUACAGUUUUUACUUCAAGAAUACAGGACUAACAUGUCAAAAACUUGUAAAUGUUGAAGCAACACGAAGGGUAUUUGUUGAAAUGAUCGGAAUAUGCAGUUGCUAAGCAAUCUCAAUUGCUAUGCAUGGCAAUACUAACAAUUGUUGCCAAUGAUAAGAUCUAAAGUUGCCUGAAUCACGCCUUCAGUGAGGUUUUUAUGGUUGAAUUGAAAUUUCCUCAAUAUUUUGCACA